AGAAAACUUUCUUAAAAAAAAGCAUUUAUUGGUUCACAUGAGAACUCACACAGGUCAGAAGUUUUAUUGUCUGUCCUGUGGAAAAAGCUUCACUAACAAAUCUAAUCUCGAUACACACAUCAGAGUUCACACUGGUGAGAAACCUUUUGAAUGUCUGACCUGUGGAAAAAGCUUUAAUCAAAAGAGUCAUUUGACUUCUCACAUGAGAGUUCACACAGGUGUGAAGCCUUUUGAAUGUCUGUCCUGUGGAAAAAGCUUCACCUCUAAGUCUGAUCUUAAUAAACACAUCAGAGUUCACAGGGGUGUGAAGCCUUUUGAAUGUCCGUCCUGUGGAAAAAGCUUCACUGACAAAUCUAACCUUGAUACACACAUCAGAGUUCACACUGGUGAGAAACCUUUUGAAUGUCUGACCUGUGGAAAAAGCUUCACUUACAAAUCUAAUCUCGAUACACACAUCAGAGUUCACACUGGUGAGAAACCUUUUGAAUGUCUGUCCUGUGGAAAAAGCUUCACUAACAAAUCUAAUCUCGAUACACACAUCAGAGUUCACACUGGUGAGAAACCUUUUGAAUGUCUGACCUGUGGAAAAAGCUUCACUAACAACUAUAAUCUCGAUACACACAUCAGAGUUCACACUGGUGAGAAACCUUUUUCUUGUACCAUUUGUAGCAAUACAUUUAAUCAAAAGAGUCAUUUGACUUCUCACAUGAGAGUUCACACAGGUGUGAAGCCUUUUGAAUGUCUGUCCUGUGGAAAAAGCUUCACCUCUAAGUCUGAUCUUAAUAAACACAUCAGAGUUCACAGGGGUGUGAAGCCUUUUAAAUGUCCGUCCUGUGGAAAAAGCUUCACUAACAAAUCUAAUCUCGAUACACACAUCAGAGUUCACACUGGUGAGAAACCUUUUGAAUGUCUGACCUGUGGAAAAAGCUUCACCUCUAACUCUGAUCUUAACAAACACAUCAGAGUUCACACGGGUGUGAAGCCUUUUAAAUGUCCGUCCUGUGGAAAAAGCUUCACUAACAAAUCUAAUCUUGAUACACACAUCAGAGUUCACACUGGUGAGAAGCCUUUUGAAUGUCUGUCCUGUGGAAAAAGUUUCACUAACAAAUAUAAUCUAGAUAAACACAUCAGAGUUCACACAGGUGAGAAGCCUUUUUCUUGUACCAUUUGUAACAAUAAAUUUAAUCAAAAGAGUCAUUUGACUUCUCACAUGAGAGUUCACACAGGUGAGAAGCCUUUUUCUUGUACCAUUUGUAACGAUAAAUUUAAUCAAAAGAGUCAUUUGACUUCUCACAUGAGAGUUCACACAGGUGUGAAGCCUUUUGAAUAGUCACAGCAGUUAGAUGCCACAGGAAUGAACAGUAGAGGUGUUUACCAUGUUUGACUGGUGAUAAAAUGUCCAUCUAGAAACUCCUUCACCUCAUUACAUAAGAAACUCACGGGUUAAUGUUCUUUUUUUUGAGGCAAGUUUUGAGAAAGCCAUUAAUCAACAGCUCUGUUUACAUAGAAAAUAAAACAGAUAAGGUGUUAUAUAGUAAAUCUGGUAAAUACUCAGGUCCUAUGAUUUAUUUUUAUGUUUUUUUGUUUGUUUUUUUUUUAUUGCCAAUAUGUAAUCUGUUCCUGAUCUUUUCAUGAUAGUCUGAAUAAUAAAAAUCUUAAUUUGCAACAAUAGUUCUGGACCAUUUUAGAAAAAGUGAGAAUGUUAGAGGUUUUUGAUGAACAACUUGUACAACUCAAUUUGUGUAGUUGUACACAAAAAUUAAAAAACAUUUUUUUCUCGUACUCAUCGUCUCCCGCUUUAUCCGGAACCGGGUCGUGGGGGCAGCAGACUAAGCAGAGAC